CGGCACUUUACCUUAUAUUUUUUGUGCAGAUAGUGCCAUUUGAUAUUAUUUUUUUUGCGGAUAGUUAGUGCCUUUUGAUAUUAAUUUAUUGGAAAUGUUUCAAAAAGUUUUACUUGGAAUAUUAUGUGCGAUUAACGUUAUUAUAGUAAAAUCGAUAUUCCUAACAUCUCUCAAUUAUAAUUCUAAUGAAGGAGAAACAUACUCAAAUCAAACCUUCGAUUUUAUCAUAGUUGGUUCAGGUCCAACUGGAGCAGUAAUUGCCAACAGAUUGUCAGAAGCACCAGAAUGGAACGUUCUUUUAGUAGAGGCUGGACCAGUUCCUACCGAUCUUACAGAUGUUCCCAGUCUUUGCGGAAGUUUCUCGUUUACCGAUUAUAACUGGGGUUAUAGAGCAGAACCGCAGGAACAUUUUUGUAGAGGUUGUAUUAACAAAACGUUAAAAUACAGUCAUGGCAAAGUGCUCGGAGGAACCUCUAUCCUUAAUUUCAUGCUACACGUUCGAGGAAACAGAAGAGACUACGAUAAAUGGGCAAAACUAGGCAAUCCAGGCUGGUCCUUUAAAGAGGUCCUUCCAUAUUUCCUAAAGUCUGAAGAUUUUAAUGUGGACGGAGGUGAUGAAGGGUUUCAUAAUAAAGGAGGAUAUCUCUCGAUCAGUGAUGUACCCUUCAGAACGGGGUUGGUCGAUGCUUUGGUGAAGAGUGGACAGGAAUCUGGUUAUCCGUAUGUUGAUUAUAAUGGAAAAGAACAAAUAGGGGUAUCUUAUAUUCAAGCUCAUUUACGGAACGGAAGACGCUGUAGUGCUGAAAAGGCCUUUCUUCGUCCUGCUGCAGCAAGAUCCAAUCUAAAAAUUCUCACUAAUAGCAGAGUAGUUCAAAUUUUAAUCGAUCCAAUUACCAAAAAGGCUUAUGGUGUUCAAUAUGCCAAAGACAAGAAAUACUUUAACGUUUUUGCUAAAAGAGAAGUUAUUGUUAGUGCUGGUGGUCUUAAUUCGCCACAGCUGCUAAUGCUAUCUGGAAUUGGUCCAAAAGAAGAUUUGGAAAAGCUCGAUAUACCUGUUAUCGCAAAUUUGCCAGUAGGAGAAAAGAUGUACGAUCAUCCAGCCUUCCUGGGAGUAACGUAUGAAAUAAAUCAAAACAUUGUAUUGGUUCAAGAUGAAGUCUUUGGAAAUGUUACGGAAGUAAUAAAGUUUUUGAAACUGGGGACAGGAGCUUUAACUUGUACAGGUGGAGUGGAAGGUCUAUUAUAUUUUAAAAGUGCAGAAUCUGAUGACCCAGACCCUUUAAACCCUGAUGUGGAACUGAUAUUUUUGGCAGGAACCAUUGCAGCUGAUAAUGGAGAUCUAUAUAGACGAUUGUUUAAUAUACCACGUGAUACGUAUGACAGAAUUUGGCAAAAAUACGAAAAGAAGGCAGCAUAUCAAAUAAUGCCAAUGCUGACGCAUCCAAAAUCUUUUGGAUUUGUCAAGUUAGCUUCCAAGAACCCUUUUAAGUGGCCAAAAUACUACGCAAACUUCUUGUCAGAUCCUCAAAAUAAGGACAUAAAAACAUUUAUAGCGGCUAUCAGAGAAAUUCAACGAAUUAGCAAGAGUCCCACGUUACAACAAUUAGGAGCUACUUUAGUAAGAACCCAAAUACCAGGUUGUGAGCAUCUGGUAUUCGACAGUGAUGAAUAUUGGGAAUGUGGUUUAAGAUCCCUCACUAGUAGUGUCUGGCAUCAAGUAUCAACGUGCAAAAUGGGUCCAAGAGGAGAUCCGGAAGCCGUUGUUAAUAAUAAAGGAGAAGUUUAUGGAAUAGACAGUCUUAGAGUGGCCGAUACAAGUAUAAUCCCUUUUCCACUAUCUGCACAUACAACUGGACCUUCAUACAUGAUCGGGGAACGAAUAUCUGAUUUUAUUAAAGAAAAAUGGGAAUUAAAUACUGUAUAAUAGACAAUUGAUUAAUAUUUAAUUAAAGUAAAGUUUAUUCCACAAAA